GCCAUCUAUGGGAUCGCCAGAAAACUUAAUUCUCGAAUAUCAAAGAUCAACAAGGAUUUUAGGAUUGAGUUCUCUGGCAUUAUUGAGUUAGGAGGACUUCCAUUGGUCUCAGUUAAAUAAUUUCUUCAUUUACGUAACAGGCUAUAAGAAACCAAAAAUUGGAAUCCAUCCCUACCCACAAAAAAGUUGCAAGGUCUCAAUACCCUGUAGAUCAUUAACUUUGCCUCUCAUCUGAUAUCUAUCUGCUAAUUUGAUCACUGACUGUAAAAUGUCCUUGAGACCACCGAAUUCCACAGUGGUUUGAUCAAUACCAAUAUAGUCUGGAAACCAUGACAAUAAAACAGAUCAAUUUCUCUCUGAUUAAAUUUCAAAUUAGAAGAUGUCAAAACCGACAACCAUCAAAGAUGCCAUCAAAAAGUGGGAAGACAAGCAUCCUAAUGAAUCGAUCAGCGAAGCACUAGAAGUGGGUUUUCAAUUCCAAUGGCCUCCUAUUGAAAAAAUGGACAAUUCUCUAUCUGCCCUGACAAAAUGCAGGAAAUUGAGUCUAUCCACGAAUAUGAUCGAGAAAAUAGCAGGGAUUAGUGGAAUGAAGAAUUUGAAGAUUCUUUCCCUAGGGAGGAACUACAUCAAAUCUUUUUCAGGAUUGGAAGGCGUUGCAGACACUCUGGAAGAGUUGUGGAUAUCUUAUAAUCUCAUUGAGAAAGUUAAAGGAGUUGCAGUUCUCAAAAAGCUCAAAGUGUUGUAUAUCGGAAAUAACAUGAUCAAAGACUGGGGAGAGUUUGUGAAAUUACAAGAACUUCCUGCACUGGAAGAUCUUCUGUUUGUUGGCAAUCCUCUGUAUGAUAGCAUGGAGGAAUCUGCCUGGAGAGUAGAUGCUUUGAAACGGUUGCCGAAUUUGAAAAAAUUAGAUGGAGAACCCGUUGUCAGAGAUGAUGCGGAAUAGAUUUUUGUUUAAAGCAAGAAUUCUGUUCAAUAUGUUUCUGCUUUAAAACUACUUAUAUUUUUUUAGGUACACAUAAUUAUUUGAAUUACAUUUUGCAUUUACUAUUCAAUUUUGAAGAAAGUUGGUCAUAUCUUUUUUUGUGACUUUGGUAAUAAAGGAAACGAGAUAAUUGCAAUAAUUAUACAGUAUAUUCAAUGUAAAAAAAAAGUUUUCCUUUUUUUACUGAAAGAUAUCACCUUGAAGUGAAUUUGAACAAAAAGGUGUCCUGGCGAUUUAAAUUAAUAAGCAGGUGCAGUUGACCAGAGGAUAUAAUUUUAACCUUUUCCCUCAUAAACUGUGUUUUAUAUGACAUUAACAACAAUAUCAUUAAUUGAUAUCAUAGUAAAAUUCGUCUAUACUCACCAUUCAUCUCACCUAUUGCUAUUGUAAUAAAAAUUCUUUCCACAUUAUGAAAAAAACAUAAUUCUCAGUGAUGAAAUGCAUGCAUUUUCCCAACUCUCCUGAAUUUUUAAUAUUUUAAUGAAUUACAUUCUAAUUAUGAUACGUAUAUACCCAUACAUCAGAUGAUUUUCAGUAUAAAGUGGAAAAAUGUAUUUUUUGAUUACUUUGAUAAAUUAAAAAAAUUAAUCAACAGAAUUGUCAUUUGUACAGUUUAUAUAUUCCAUAGUAGCCCUGAUGUGAUUAUGUGAACCCAUUAUAGACAAUAAGGUAGACACAAAAACAUUACGCAAAGUAUAUAUCCCCUAAAAGACAGGUAAUCAUGUAUUAUUGUUUGUACAUGAAAUUGGUACUUACAUCAUUUGUAUUUUGAAUUUUAUUUAUACCUAGUCAUAAAUUGUAAAUAAGCAAGAUGUGUAGAAAUUUUGUAUAAUGUAUAAAAAAUAAAAGACAAGACAU